AUGGUUAAAAUUGUAACAAGAAGAGCAAUCCAAUUAUCAAAAAGAACUAGAGUUCAAAUGUUUGAUUUAAAACAAGUACUAACCCAAAAAGUUAAAAAGUCAUUACCAAUGUUUUCAAAAUCCAAAAGAAUCCUCUCCAAGGGCAAAUAUUCCACCAAGACUUCCACAAAGAUUUCCAAAUAA